AUGAUCAGGGGUUGGAGGAGGAAACAUCCAAGUGGUGCUCCAAAGCCAACCUCUAUGGCCCCCCGCUGCUUCAUCAUUCGCCACGGCGAGACCGAAUGGUCUCUCAACGGACGACACACCGGAUCCACCGAUCUCCCGCUAACAGCAAACGGUGAGAAGCGGAUCAAAGCAACGGGCAAGGCAUUGGUAGGCGAUGACCGACUUAUCGUGCCUAAGAAGCUCGCCCAUGUCUACGUCUCCCCCCGCACCCGCGCCCAACGAACCCUCGAACUCCUCGAAAUAGGCUGCAAAGAGCGACUCCCCUGGACCGAGACGCGGAAGUCCGAGAACGACGAGCCUAUCCGCACUGAGGCGCGUGUGCAGAUUACGGAGACGAUUCGUGAGUGGGAUUAUGGCGAGUAUGAGGGGUUGACUAGCGCGCAGAUCCGGGAGGAUCGCAAGCAGAAGGGGCUGGGGGCUUGGGAUAUUUGGAGGGAUGGGUGUCCUGGUGGGGAAUCCCCCGAAGACGUAAAAAACCGCCUCGACGUUCUCAUCUCCGAAAUCAAGGAAAAAUACCACCGGCCCUGCUUCGAGCACCCGGAUGGCACGAAGGGAGAUGUGCUAGUCGUUGCGCACGGACAUAUUCUGCGCGCGUUCGCGAUGCGCUGGACAGGCAAGCCGUUGACAGAUACGUCGUUGAUUCUGGAGGCGGGUGGGGUUGGCACACUGAGCUAUGAGCACCAUAAUAUUGAUGAGCCGGCGAUCAUUCUUGGGGGUGGGUUUGUGGUUGAGUAG